AAAAUUGUUGAAAUCAGAAACUAAGUACGAGCACAACUUAUAUAAUUCUACUAGAUGGUUGCAAAUUUGAUUAAAAUUGUAUAAAAAAUAAGUAAAAAAUUUUUGGGGGGAAUUCAAAAUUAGGGCGUACCUAGUGGCGAAAGUCACAAAUUCACUUGCGAUAAGGAUAAAGGCACUGGUCAGUGAGAUAUCUGUCGACCUCUGAUCCCGAUCCUUGCCGAGUAUCUUUUCGUCCUUCUCUCGUCUUUCCACCGGCCCGGCUGAUUUACAGAACUGACCGACCAUGGCAGUAAAUGUUAUACAACUUAUUGAGAAAGGCGGGAGGGGAUUGAUUCUCAAACCCAUCAGAGUUUUCCUCGAUCUCAACCGGACGGCACCGUUAUCCUCGACAACCGUCAUGAACAAGAACGUCAGAAAAGAAAGUGAUACAUUUGGAGAGCUUGAAGUUCCAGAAGAUAAAUAUUAUGGAGCUCAAACAGUAAGGUCUACCAUGAAUUUUCCUAUUGGAGGAGUCACGGAAAGAAUGCCGUAUCCUGUUAUAAUGGCUAUGGGCACACUAAAGAAAGCAGCGGCUUUGGUCAACAAAGAGUACGGAUUAGAUCCAAAGAUAGCCGAUGCCAUCUCGAAAGCUGCAGAUGAUGUAAUUUCAGGAAAAUUAUAUGAUGACCACUUUCCCCUUGUAAUCUGGCAGACCGGUUCUGGUACUCAAACCAACAUGAAUACAAAUGAAGUCAUAAGCAAUAGAGCAAUUGAAAUGCUUGGUGGUAAACUUGGUUCAAAGACUCCUGUCCAUCCGAACGACCAUGUCAACAAAUCUCAAAGUUCAAACGAUACGUUUCCGACUGCCAUGCAUAUUGCAGUGGCUGUCGAGCUCAAUUGCACACUCCUUCCAAACCUUGAACUUUUGCACAAAGCUCUAGACGCAAAAGCCAAAGAAUUUGCUAAAAUCAUCAAAAUUGGACGCACGCAUACUCAGGAUGCCACCCCACUCACAUUAGGCCAAGAGUUUAGUGGCUAUGCUCAACAAAUGAAAAAUGGAAUUGAGCGUGUUAAAGGGACUCUGCCUCGGCUUUAUGAACUUGCCAUCGGUGGCACAGCUGUCGGAACAGGUCUUAACACAAGGAUCGGGUUCGCUGAGAAAUGUGCACAAAAAAUUAGCGAACUAACAAAUUUACCUUUCAAAUCGGCUCCGAACAAAUUUGAAGCCUUGGCAGCACAUGAUGCUCUGGUUGAAGUAUCUGGAGCUUUGAAUACAGUUGCUGUUAGCAUAAUGAAAAUUGCAAAUGAUAUUAGGUUUCUUGCCUCUGGUCCUAGAUGUGGACUCGGGGAACUUUCACUCCCUGAAAAUGAACCUGGUUCUUCAAUCAUGCCAGGAAAAGUGAACCCGACACAAUGUGAAGCGAUCACGAUGGUCGCAGCACAAGUAAUGGGCAACCAUGUGGCUGUCACAAUCGGAGGGAGCAACGGUCAUUUUGAACUCAAUGUUUUUAAGCCCAUGAUGGUGUCAAACGUCCUCAGGUCCAUCAGAUUGCUCGGUGAUUCGUCUAAAGCUUUUACUACCAACUGUGUCGACGGUAUCGUCGCUAAUAAAGAUAGAAUUGAAAAGUUGCUUCAUGAAUCUCUAAUGUUGGUCACUGCACUCAACCCUCAUAUUGGUUACGAUAAGGCUGCCAAAAUUGCCAAAACUGCCCAUAAAGAAAAUUCUACUCUUAAAGCAACAGCAUUAAAACUAGGCUAUUUAACAGCUGAAGAAUUUGAUAAGUGGGUUCGUCCUGAAGACAUGUUGGGACCCAAAUAAAAAUCCUUGUUAAUGUUGUUUCUGCUAUAAUUAAAUUUAAUACUUACAAAAAUGUUUUUGGAUAUCUGAAUAGUUUUUGUGGAAGUGUUACAGAUUAAUUAUAGGGUUUUGGGUAAAUAAAUUGCUUUUAGGUGAUAAAUCAAGAUUAUCUACUGGGAGAUAUAUUACAGAAGUCCAUAUUUCAAAAAUGUAGUUAUUCGUUAUUGUGAUAAACACCCAAAUAAACCUAAAUUUUACAAAUUUA